AUGAGUGGAACUAUACUAGAUUUCUCAAGAAAGAUGAGUGCUCUUCUUCUCUUAGAUUUGAGUGCAAACAGUUUCAGCGGUCCAGUACCGCAACUUCCUACUGAAGUGACAACAUUGGAUCUCUCUAGAAAUAAGCUUUCUAGGAACAUCUCCUUCACUUACGACAAUUUUGAUUCCUUGGGUUAUCUUGACCUCUCAGAUAACCUCUUUGCCAAAGAGCUUCCUCAUUGCUGGAAGCUUAGCUCACUUGUGCGCCUUAAUUUAGCCAAUAAUAAUUUCUCAGGGGAGAUACCUAGUUCAAUUGGAUUAUCAAAGGAUAUGCAAAUGUUGCAGCUUCGAAAUAAUCAUUUUAUUGGGGAACUACCCCAGUCCCUGGAGAAAUGCAAAUAUUUGAGAUUUAUAGAUGUUGGGGAAAACAACUUGUCUGGUGAAAUUCCAGCAUGGAUUGGAAAUACCUUAGCUUAUAUCAGUGUUGUUAUCUUAAGGUCCAACAGGUUUAGUGGAAGCAUACCUUCAAGCAUAUGCCAGUUGACAAGGAUUCAAAUCCUGGACAUCUCUCAAAAUAAGAUCUCUGGGACUUUACCGAAGUGCAUCAACAACCUCACUACGUUGACGGAAGAAGAGAGUCCAAAAUGA